AGGGCACAACAGUGAGCGACGUGAGUCUCGUCACCUAGCGUUCGUUUCAUCAAGUCUCUCUCCCAAUUCUUUUCCGUUUUUUCUCCUUCCGGUGCUAGUUUGUGCACGUUUAGUUCUUGCUUCAGUGGUCUCACGUUUCGUGUCGUAAGACUUAAAAAAUGCGUUACGUGGCCGCUUAUAUGUUGGCUGUUUUGGGAGGCAAAGCCUCUCCAAGCCAGAAUGACAUUGAAAAGAUCCUGUCGUCGGUAGGAAUUGAAACCGACGCUGAGAAGCUGAAAAAAGUCAUCACGGAAUUGAAUGGAAAGUCGAUAGACGAACUGAUUACCAAGGGCAGGGAGAAGCUAUCAUCCAUGCCAGUUGGUGGCGCAGUUGCCGCUGCUCCUGCAGCUCCUGCUGGAGGCGCAGCAGCUCCAGCUGAAGAGAAAAAAGAGGAAAAGAAACCAGCUAAGGAAGAAUCCGAAUCUGAGGAUGAUGACAUGGGCUUUGGGUUGUUUGACUAAGGAUGCUUUUCUUCUGUUUUUUUUUUUUCAAUCUUUCCAUCGAACUGAAAAGCUUGCUGCAUUCUGCGGCAGUGGUACAAGCGUCCUUCGACUUUAUUGUAGAUCUUAAUCAGAGCUGAUGCUACUGCUGGAGAAUAAAGCGAAUACUUUUAA